AUGAAUCGUUUUGGUGAUAUCGAUGCCUCAAAUAAAAGACUUCCACCUGUUUAUGGUUAUCAUAGUGAAAAACUUGUGCCUAUAGAGAAAGCACUAGAACCUAUCGUACCUCACAUUGAUGAACUACCACGUUACAUAAAAAUAGCUAAAAAACAUUGUCAUUUUCCACCAGAACAUGGACUAUCACAAGAUCAAUCUGCUGCUGUGCAUAUUUAUACAAUGGAAUGGGGCGAUACUACAUUGUAUCGUGUUUUGAAUAGAGCAUUACGAUCAGAAAAUCGGCAAGCACUAAAGAUAUGGUUUCCGUACAUGAAACUAUUUGACACAGCAUUAAAUAAGCUUCCUACUGUCAAAGAAUCAGUAUGGAGAGGUAUAUCUGUUGAUAUUGGUAAGAAUUUCACUAAAAAUCAAAUUGUGACGUGGUGGAGUGUGAAUUCAUGUUCAUCAUCGCCGAACGUUAUUAAGAAUUUUCUUGAUGACAACAAAAAAUCAACUUUAUUUUUAAUCGAAGCUAUCAAUGGAAAAAAGGUUUCUGGAUAUACAGAAUAUGAAAGUGAAGAUGAAGUUAUUUUACGAGUGGGUACCGCAUUUCGUGUGAAAAGUGAUCCAUUGGUUCAAUCGAAUAGUUCAUGCAUUGUACAUUUAAUUGAAAUUGAUGAUAAUAAUGAUCAACCAUUAGCAUCUGCUAUGUGUCGGAUGGAAUUGACUUCAGCAGCAUUAAGUACUAACAAAACUUCUGUUAAUAUUCCUGCUAAUGCUAAAUGGACACAGAACGGAGUCACUGUUGCUGGUGGUAAGGGGAGAGGGGAUGCCACUAAUCAACUCUACUGGCCUCGUGGUCUCUUCGUUGAUGAUAAUCAAACAGUGGUUGUUGCUGACUGGGGGAAUAAUCGUAUCAUCCAAUGGAAGAAUGGUGAUGCGACGAAUGGACAAGUUGUUGCUGGUGGCAAAGGCGCAGGGAGUAGAUUGAAUCAAUUGUAUGGUCCAAGAGAUGUCUUAGUUGACAAAGAGACGAAUAGUCUCAUUAUUUGUGAUCGAGACAAUCGGCGAGUUGUACGAUGUUCUCGUCAUAGUGGCACAACACAAGGUGAAAUCCUCAUCGACAACAUCACUUGUUAUGGAUUAGCAAUGGAUGAGCAGAGAUAUCUCUACGUCUCUGACGUCGGAAAAGAUGAAGUAAGACGAUACAGAUUGGGUGAGAAGAAUGGCACUCUCGUAGCUGGUGGUAAUGGUAAAGGCGAUGGUCUCAAUCAACUCAACGAGCCGAGAUAUCUCUUUGUCGAUCGACAACAAAAUGUCUACGUAUCAGACAACUGGAAUCAUCGUGUGAUGAAAUGGAAUAAAGGUGCAAAAGAAGGUAUUGUCGUCGCUGGAGGUCAAGGUCAAGGGAGCGCUCUGACACAAUUGCAUUAUCAUAAUGGACUCUAUGUUGAUACGUUGGGUACACUCUAUGUAGCAGACUCGUCGAAUGACCGUGUAAUGCGUUGGACUCAAGGUGACAAGAAACAAGGCACUGUAAUUGUGGGUGGAAAUGGAAAAGGAGAACGAGCAAAUCAGUUCAGCUGCCCCAUUUGUUUGUCUUUCGAUCGACAUGGUAAUCUCUAUGUCGCUGAUGAGUAUAAUCAUCGUGUUCAACGGUUUUCUAUCGAAUAA